GCCGCCGAGGAGUGCGCUAGUCCGUAGCCCCGAUCGCGCCAAACUUGCGUUAAGACGAGUUGUAACUGCUAGUUUGAAAAACUGUGUUCAAGUUACGAAAUUGAAUGCUACGUCUGCUGACUUAAUUAAGUUGAAUGGGAUAGUGUUUAUUAGCGAUUGUCUUGUGACCAAUGGAAUAAACUUAUUUUAUUUGUUGUGUGCACAGAGGAACCGCAGCCGGACACGAUCAAAGACACGAAUAAAUCACUUAAUUUUUUUUUGUAUAUAACAAAUCAAAAAUCUUACAAUAACGAAAUCAAAAAGUUCAUGAUGUAUAUUAUGGCUAGAAAAAAGUUAAAUACGUAAUGCAGACUGUAAUGUAAAAUUGGACACACAAUCUUACCAACAUGGAUAUAACGACGUUAUCACCAGAGAACUUCACCGAGUUCACUUUCCUGAACGAGUCGCUUCACGUGAACGGCACAUCACCAUGCGGCGGACCUCACAUGGGGAAGAUAUUCCAUACAAUUCUGAAGGUGGUGUACGUUGCUGGCAUAGUCGGGAAUGGAGUCGCCAUCGUGUGUCUGAGGAAGGGGGAGAAGAGAGUACGCAACAGGAAACAUCUGCUGCUGCUCACAUCUUUGGCAUCUAACGACAUCGUUGCCUUGGUGGGCAUGAUGGCAUCAAUGCUGGUGGCCGAGGCUAUCCCAUGGGUGAGCGCAACACGCGCCUACUGCGCCAUACGCGUGGUACUGCGCGUGUUUGGCAUCGGCAGCGUGUGUAUCGCCGUCACAAUGGCGCUGGAGCGGUAUCUGGCGCUCACCAGGCCGUUCCUCUAUCAGAAGCAAGUGACAUACUACGUAAUCCGCACGGCUUUGCUCGCCGGAUGGUUCUGGGCGGCAGUGCUGACGUGCGCGCCAGUGCUGGGACUCGGGCUCUACUACAAUGAGAGCACCGGUGGCUGUAUGCGCUACCGCCAAGCUGUCGAGACUAUCGACAUCGUCUAUGCUUGGACCUACGUCGCAUUCGGUACUCUACUCUGCAUAAUCCUCGUGUACUGCAACCUGGCUGUUAUCCGCGCGCUGUACGAGAUAAGCGCGCCUCGCGGGGCUCCCGUGAUGCGUCGCGUCUCUAAGAGCAGCUGUCGGCAAAGAGCCGCCGUACCCGCCUCUGAAAGCCACCACAAUCCCGCUACGGCCGAGGAGGUCGCCUUCAGCAGGCUCAUGGCGACCCUGUCUGUUCUGUUCAUGAUCUGCUGGCUGCCACAAAUGAUAACAUCGUCCCUAUAUCUGUCCUUGAACCCGCGCUACUGGCCGCGCUUAGCACCACUUGCGGCUAUUUCGGACCUGCUCAUGCUGCUCAACUACGUGCUCGACCCCGUGCUGUACGUGCUGAUGCGCCGCUCCCGCCCCCGCUGCAUGCGGGCGCUGAGCCGAGCUCUGGCGCAUUGUUUUAAACGGAACCAUAAAACAUCGACGGAGUCGAUGAAGACAUCGUGCUGCCCGCAGGAGACGCUGCUGGUGAGUGAUAGCUCGGGCGCCGAGAUGAAGCCGCUGCGAGCCCUGCCGGCGCCCGCUCCAGCGCACUUGCUGGACUGACCGUGGAGCGACCGCCCUCUCUAGACACUUAAGUGCAGUCUUCGACAUUGAAUAACCCACAGAAAACGCAUGACAGUUCGAAGACCUAAACUGAUGAGAGUCGCUGCCGGCGUGCACUAACCGCAGUCUUCUGUCUUGAGCGCUCAGUGUUACUAAAACUACGUGAAAAGUGAUGAUACGAUGGAGUGCGUAUAUGCAUACACGGACGUAGUAGUUGAAGUAAAUGGCAAGGUUUGUCGUAAAGUGCUGACGCGGUUUAAAAUGUGACUAUGGUAAAUGUAUAAUUAACUAAGUGUUAUGUUGACCUAUACGAUAAGAUAACUAUGAUGAGCAUCAAUACCUAAGUAAUAACUUAAACGUCUUAAACUAUACUUUAGACUUCGGUUUUCCAGACAAAAUUGUCUAGAAUUAACCUGAGGACUAGGUAUAACAUAAUAUACCUACCGUAAAUAAUGUACAUAAAGGACAUCGGAAAAUGAAUAGAUUAAACAAGGGUUAAAUUAAUAUUACUACUAAAAAAUAUAUUAACUUAAAUAGUAGGUAUCGAUCGCACAGUAAUUUUAUGCAAAUUGAAAAAUACUUACAUAUAGGUACAUACAUAUACAACCUAAUGUGCAUAAAGAUAGUCUUAGGUUAUAGGUUGUAUAAAAUAUCUAUAAGUAUGAUAGGGUGGAUCAAAUCAGAAAAUUAUGCACUAAUACCCUAAACCAAACGUUGGGUACCUGCAUACGUCCAAGUGACAAUGUACCUAUUAUUUAGAAACACAAUGUAAUAUUGAAUUGUGAAGAACUAGUCUCAAAUUUUACACUUAUAGGUAUAUAGGAUGUAUAGACGAAUCUGAUGAAUGAGCAUAUAUUACAUAUGGCAUGUAAUAUUACAUAGACUUUUCUGUUUAGUUAACUGUUAAAAUCUGCACAAAACGACAGUGCUUAUCUUAUAGGUACCGUAAACCGUUAUUUUAAAAUUUAAUUUAUAACGAAUAAAUGUAGGUAUAUAAGAAAUAUUAAUAUUAUACAUCGUGAGGAAACCGGACUAAUCCCAAUAAGGCCUAGUUACCCUUCGGGUUGAAAG